GGGGACCACCUACUUUUAAAAAAUAAAAGCAUCUGGAAUAAAUUAUAAAAAAAUAUUUGGGCUAAAAUAAAAAAAUAAAAAUUAGAAUUUAAAACAUAAAAAUGUUGGCGACUUGUUCCCCCCCUGCUCGUCGUCAGCAGGCCGGCCGGGGGUCUGCCUCCUCCUUCCGCAGACUGCUGCUGGAGCGUAAAGGAGAACCACCGAGAGAACAUGGGAGUGGAAAUUGAGACCUUGACCCCUGGCGACGGACGGACGUUCCCGAAGAAGGGGCAACGCGUCGUGGUGCAUUAUGUUGGAACUCUGGCAGAUGGGAAGGUGUUUGACUCCUCCAGAUCUCGGGGGAAACCCUUCAAAUUUAAGAUCGGCAACCAGGAAGUUAUUCGCGGCUGGGAGGAAGGAGUAGCUCAGAUGAGUGUGGGUCAGCGAGCGAAGCUUAUCUGCUCGCCGGACUACGCCUAUGGCAGUAAAGGUCACCCCGGAGUCAUCCCACCAAAUGCCACUCUGACCUUUGAUGUGGAGCUGAUUGCUCUCGAAGCCUGAAACUUGCAACUUGGUUGUUUAACUUCUCUCAGAUUUUCAGGGUCGAGUCCUUUCUCGGGAACACGGUAACAAAACGCCCACGGCUGACAGCUGGUUCUGAUUCCUGCAUAGGACUUCAUGUUUAUGAUUUCACAAAGUGUAAUAUGUCAUUUGCUGUAAAACUUUAUUCCUCUUAUUUCUGUUUUGGUGGAAACUGUAAGCUAAUUCUAAGUCAUUAGGCCAUCCCAGUGGAUUUGUGUUAUUACUUAUUUUUUUAUUGUUUUUGAACAUGAACAGGGAUUUUUUUUUUUUUUUUUUAUAUUUUUACCUUUCAAGCUUCUGCUAUAAGUAUAAUUUCUUAGAUAACUUUCAGUGAUGAGCGUCUCAUUCCUGCCUUUAUAUUAUGUUGUUCCGAUUGCUGGUAAUAGAUAGUCCAGAAUUAGGUGUAAUUUCCUGUUUUUCUUUCAUAAAUAACCUUUAUUAAUGCUUGUUAGUGUGGAAAAAUGCUGCUGGUCUUUCAUAAGUUUCAUUCUACAGCAGCAUGUUUUAAUUAGUGUUAUUAUUACACCAAAUCCAUUUUUUUAUUUUCUGGAUUUUACUUUUUAAAAGUUCUCACAAUACAUUUCAAGUGUUUAGUGAUUUUACACAAUAAUUUACAAUGAAUUGUAAAUUUUCUAACAAGAAACAGGGUGUUUUUUGAUAUUCCCAAUUGUUUUAUGAUGUUAGAAAUAACUAAAGAAAUUGAAAAUACGAUAGAAAUUGUCACUUCAAGCCUAAAGGCCAAACUUAAAACCACAUUUUUAAAGUUAUUUUGUUAUAUUUUCAAAUGUCCUCAUGUUUAAAAAUGUCUAGACAGCUCCAUAAAGCAGCAGCCUGCUGUUCAGUGCUAAGGCAUGUACUUUUAUUGCAGUUUCGACAUCUGUUACAUAACAUUUCUGAACGCUGACGCACAAAAGAGAGUCAGCUUUUACUUAAAGCUUUGCACAAAUCUAUAGCCUGAUGGGGGGAAACAAAAUACAUCGACUCCCUUUACCAACAUGCUUAUUUUCCUCAUACAUUCACGUGUUUACUUACCAAAUGUUCAGCCUUAAACUCAAGUUUUGGAUCUCUAUGAUGUAAAUAAACAGUAUAACACAAA